UGAAUAAACUAUGGUCAAUGUCCACGACGUUAAUUGAGCUUUAAAUAAUAGGUAGCAGCCUACUUGUAGAUACAGGAUUUUGCACUGUAACGAAGGAUACAAUCACAAUUCUAAACUUGCUAUUCCUCUCAAUUAGCUAGGUUAGCCGCCGAAAUAUCUUUUUUUGACGUCGACACAUACGCUGUCGAUACCUUUUAAGGGAUUGGCUGUUUCCAGUCAGCUGUGACCUGUAGCUGCACCAAAGCAAAGCCUGCACAUUCACAGCCAAUUUUACCACUUGGGCUAUAGGCUACUGCAGCAGUGGCAUUGAGAGUAGGCUACUAGUUUGUGUCGGGUCCGAUAUUUGCAACUGGUGAUACUUAUUGCCAUGAAGGAUUUAAUUCGUUUUAUUAGCACAGUUGGAAUGGCUUGGACGACUUUUCUCAGUGCCAUCUAAGAUACAGUCCGGACUGAUCGCCGUGAAACUCCACAUCUUCAGAUUCUGCUUCAUUUGUUAGAUACAACGGGUGACCAGACACGACCAUGGAUACCACUGUGAAUUCAGGAAGAAAUUCCGAGAAAUCUCACCUCGUGCACGAGAUGAAUGCCAAAAUGUAUUCACUGAAAAGUUCCUUUUCAGACUCCAAAGAAGACUAUCCCAACUUCCCAUUUGAGAACGGAGAUGUGGCUGGUGCCAUUGAGCUGAAGCAGCCUGUAGGCGCCCAUUGCCACGAAAACAAAGCAGUGAGUGAGGAGAACCAUGACACGCUGCUGGCUAAGAAGAAGCUGUACAUCGCCUCCAUUGUGUGCCUCAUCUUUAUGAUCGGAGAGAUCAUAGGUGGCUACCUGGCCCACAGUUUGGCUAUUAUGACGGAUGCAGCUCACCUCCUGACUGACUUCGGCAGCAUGAUGGUCAGCCUGUUCUCCCUGUGGCUCUCCUCUAGACCACCCACCAAAACCAUGACCUUUGGAUGGCACCGCUCAGAGAUCCUAGGAGCGCUGGUGUCAGUGAUGUCCAUCUGGAUAGUGACUGGGGUGCUGGUUUACCUGGCCAUCGUUAGGAUAGUCAAGAACGACUUUGAGAUCAACAGUCAAGCGAUGCUCAUCACCUCUGGUUGUGCCGUCAUAGUAAACAUCAUCAUGGCGUACAUCCUCCACCACUCCACCACCUUCCAUGCCCAGAGCUCAGGCUACCAGCAAAUAGACGAGAACGGGCAGAGCCAUUUGGGUCCCAGCCUCUCCCAUGUGGGUCACGGCCACUCCCACGCCCUGCUGGGUCAUGGCCAUGGCAACACCAGUGUGAGAGCAGCCUUCAUUCACGUGUUGGGAGAUCUCCUACAGAGUGUUGGGGUCCUGGUGGCUGCCAUCGUCAUCUUCUACAGGCCUGAAUACAAAGUAGCAGAUCCCAUUUGUACCUUCCUCUUCUCUGUGUUUGUCCUUGGGACCACCAUCACCAUACUCAGGGAUGUUUUCAGGAUACUCAUGGAAGGGGCUCCUAAGGGAAUAGAGUUUAACUCAGUGAAAGAGGUGUUGCUGUCUCUGAAGAUGGUGAAGGCUAUGCACAACCUGCGCCUGUGGGCCUUGACCGCGGGACAGACCCUGGUCUCCGUCCAUGUAGCCAUCGAGGAGAAUGCCGAUCCCCAGAGUGUCCUUAAGGAGGCUACAGAGAUCCUCCAAACCAAGUUUGGUUUCUACAGGACCACCAUCCAGGUGGAGCCCUACUCUGAUGACAUGGCCUACUGCACUCACUGCCAGGAUCCCAUGGACUAACAGCAGUGGAGGCUGCUGAGGGGAGGACGGCUCAUAAUAAUGUCUGGAACAGAGCAAAUGGCAUGGCAUCAAACGCAUGGAAACCAUGUUUGAUGUAUUUGAUACCAGUCCACUCAUUCCGCUCCAGCCAUUACCAUGAGCCCGUCCUCCCCAAUUAAGGUGCCACCAACCUCCUGUGACUAACAGACUCACAACUACCAUGGAGACAGGAGAGCUGUCAUUUUGAAAGGAAGUGGGUACUGUAUACAUACAAAAGCAUACAGUGCCUUCAGAAAGUAUUCAUACCCCUUGACUUAUUCCACAUUGUCACAUCCUGAAUUCAAAAUGGAAUAAAUAUAUAUUUCUCUCCCAUUUACACAAUACCAAAGUAAAAACAUGUUUUUAGAAAUUGUUGCAAAUGUAUUACAAAUGAUUACAGCAGACCUGGAUUGUGCAACAUUUGCCCAUUUAUUCCAAGCUCUGUCAAAAUGGUUGUUUAUCAUUGCUACCCAACCAUUUAAGGCUUGUCGUAGAUUUAAGUCAAAACUAACUUGGCCACUCAGGAACAUUCAGUGUCUUCUUGGUAAGCAACUCCGGUGUAGAUUUGGCCUUGUGUUUUAGGUUAUUGUCCUGUUGAAAGGUGAAUUUAUCUCCCAGUGUCGGGUGGAAAGCAGACUGAACCAGGUUUUCCUCUAGGAUUUAGCUCCAUUCCGUUUUAUUCUGAUAACUCCCCAGUCCCUAACGAUUACAAGCAGACCCAUAGCCACCACUAUGCUUGCAAAUAUAUAUGUAGAGUGGUGCUCAGUAAUGUAUUGGAUUUGCCCCAAACAUAACACUUUGUAUUCAGGACAAAAAGUUAGUAAUUGCUUUGCCACAUUUUUUUUGCAGUAUUACUUUAGUGCCUUGUUGGGAACAGAAGGUAUGUUUGGGAAUAUUUUGUACAGGCUUCCUUUUCUCUCUGUGAAUUAGGUUAGUAUUGUGGAGUUACUACAAUGUUGCUGAUCCAUCCUCACUUUCUCCUAUCUAGAACUGUUUUAAAGUCACCAUUCGCCUCAUGGUGAAAUUCCUGAGCGGUUUCCUUCCUCUCCGGCAACUGAGUUAGGAAGGACGCCUGUAUCUUUGUAGUGACUGGGUGUAUUGAUACACCAUCCAAAGUGUAAUUAAUGACUUCACCAUGCUCAAAAGGGAUGUCUGUCUUUUUUGGCAUUGGAAAACCUACCCGGUCUUUGGUUGAAUCUGUGUUUAAAAUUCACUGAUUAACUGAGGGGCCUUACAGAUAAUUGUAUGUGUGGGAAAGAGAUGAGGGAGUCAUUAAAAAAAUCAUGUUAGACACUUAUUGCACAUAGUGAGUCCAUGCAACUUAUGUGGCAAAUGUACUUGUGCCAAAGCAUUUUGUAUUUGUAAAAAAUUUGAAAAACAUAAUUCCACUUUGACAUGGGGUAUUGUGUAGGUCAGUAACAAAAUCUUAAUAUAAUCCAUUUGAAAUCCAGGCUAUAAACACAACAAAAUCUGGAAAAAGUCAAAGGGUGUGAAUACUUUUUGAAGGCACUGUAAUUGUCAAUGUAAGCUAGGAAACACUGUGCACCAACACCAUGAGACCAAAAAACCUUUUCUGAUCCAUCAUCAGGGUUACAGGACAUACUGUGUGUAUGUGCACCAUAUCAUGCCGAAUAUUUCAAUAUAAAUACCAUCCAUUCAGGAGCUAUUGAUAUUCCAGAAAAUGGAUUUCAUGCCAAGAAACUGCAUCUCAGGGAGGGAGACAUGUUAAAUAGGAAAAUAUUAUGAAUGUAUCAGCACAUAUUUCUAAUACUGUAUGCCAUUACUUCACCAGUCAGUGCUGAUGUCGUGCAUUUUUAGACUUAGCCAUGUGGCUUUAGCAUUCCCUCAUUGACAUGGUGCAUUAGGGCAACAGCACAGUGUAAUAGCUUGUCUCUGAGUUAUUUGAAGUAAUACAUUGAUAUUGACGUAAGAACCUGAAACCAAUGAGAUUUCUGUCUUACCCAGGCCUUUAUCUGUGCUUCAGUUGAGGGUGUCUGCCAAAUGGUAGCAUUUAUAUUGUUUACAAUGGAAAAGAGUUCUGGUUCAAAUUAGAAAAUUGAUUAUGUCAGUGUGAGAGCGCUUCGUACAAGCUCACUCAGAGGAGGAAUCCUUAAGACAGACCAAUUUACAAAAGGAGUUGGUCGAUUUUAGUUUUAGUAUUGUGGGCUGUGUUCAUCUACGCUCCAGGAUAUUCCCUAAGCAGAUAUAGCAAAUAGACUGGCUGAUACUCACAGUGCUUUAUUCCUCAUUUGAAACUCACUGGAGCUAGGCUACAUUGGAAUGUGUUGAAACCGUGUUGUUAAAUUACCCCUCCAGUUAUGCAGUUUCGUUGACAUCAUAGCCCCGCCUGGACGUUUUCUUGCACUGUUUUGGGAUGACACAAGCGAGAGGUCAAAUGAACAAAUCCCGUCUCUAUACUCUCACCUAUCCACAUUCUCAAAAAGCGUACCCAAACCCACUCCUCACCCACUCCCACGCUGUCAUAGGCCUACAUGCCAUGGAGCUUUGCACAGGGUUUUUGUUUAUAGUUCCAGUGCCUCCACACUGCCUCAACAACCUUCCUACAUUCCAGAGAGGGUCAGUCAGCUUUCUACUCCAUACCUAUACACUCCCGCCACAUGCAUGCGCGCACACCUGUCAGCUUCAUAAAAACAAACCAGCAAAUAAGUAAUGAUGCAUCUCUUCAGAAAAUGUACAGUGAUAAGUGUAUUGUACAAAAAAGGUCAACCUGUGACACUGUGAAAUAUAAAAGGCACUCGCCGUUCUUGUUGUACUUUGAUGCCUGCAGUCAAGUGUCAAUAUUGUAACCUGCACUGAAAAUUAACAAAUGGAUACAUUCUUCACCGAACACUUGCAUGAGUGUUUAUUAUUCCGAUUGUGUAAUAAGGAUAUCUUCAUACGACUGCCCAUAUGACUAUUUGGUAGGGAUUACACUUCUAAAUGUCACUGAACUAUCCACAAAUCUAUUUUGAUCACUUUUGAUAAAAGGAAAAUAUAAAAUCAAAUGUAAAUUUUUUAUUUCCGUUUGUAAACCAUAUGGAAAAAAAGAUCCAACUGUAAAGACGCAGUCAAAAGAACAGGACCCAACUGCCAGUGUAUUACUUUUGGACCAGAAAGUGGUUCCAAAGCAUCUUUCACCCAGGCAAGUCUACUCAAAUUCAAAAAAUAUAACAUUAUUUGUUCACCAACUAAGUGUAAUGUUUCAGAAUGCUGUCUUGUAUUGUAUGAAAAUUGCAAAUAUGCCAAAUAGCAGUAUUUCCUGUGUACGAUGUUGUGUAAAUAUAUUUGAUUUAUUGUAUAAAAUCAGUCUGAAGUCCUGUGUGUAAAUGUUUGGUGAUAUUAUAUUAAAAUGACUGGUCGCUGUUUGAUA